UAGGAGUACUACAAAAAAUGGUUUCGGACAGCAGACCUCGUAUUAAUACCAAAUUUUUGGAUUCGGCAUCAUCUUCAUCAGAUGCACCUUCAAUUAAAGCCAAGACUAACAAAAGUACUGAAAGUACUAGAGCUGCCGAAAUUAAGAAGAAAAUUAGUAAUAAGCAGAACGAAUUGCGUUCAAAACAAGUUGAUAUUUCUGCUUCUGCUUCAAAUGAAAAAGCAACGAAGAAAAUUCUUAGCAGUGACAAAAAAUUAAUAAAAGAAUCCGGCGUUUUACCACAAAAAUUGAAUGCUUUAAAUAGAAUGUCACAAAUAUCACCCACAGAAAAAAUUCAUGAUAAAGAAAAACAACUUCCAGAAUUUGUUACCUCUAACAAAAAUUCAAACAUUCAAGAUAAAGAUGUUCAAGAAAUCUCUGAUUCCAAUGAAGUAUUGGAAAAUUCAUCAUUUAAAAGUUUCGAAUCUUCAGCUGAGCAUUUGAGUGACGAGAUUUUAGAAAAAAAUAGAAACUCUUCUAUUAAUGAAGAAUCUAUGAAGUCAAACGCAAAUGCAGAUUGUAAAAGUGUAGCUUGCAAUUUACGAUUCAUAAAAUUAGAAGAUACUGUUAACAAUUUGACUAAACUUCUAGAUCAGCAACUGAGAAUAGUGGAUCAGCAACGAAUUGAAAUCCAAACCUACAUGAAAAUAUUAAAGAUUUAA